AUGCAUGAUGCGGAAGCCGGAUUCGGCAUUCGGAGUUCUACAACGAGAACGUGCACACUGACAGGAGAGGUAACAAGGAAGGAAUAUGUAUGUUGUAAACAGGGGUAUGCAUUGACAAGCAAUGUUAGUUGUAAGAGAAGACGGCGAGGUAGUACUCGAACUGGUUGCAAGGCUAAACUUGCGAUAUUGAAGGUGAAAGACAAGAAUAAGUACAUUGUUGUAAGAUUCAAUGAGGUACACAACCAUGACAUGACCACAGUUGAUAAAGUCCAUCUAUUGAGAUCUCAUCGUAACUUAACAGAGUCUGCAAAGGUCUAUAGUGCAGAUAUGAGCAAAGUUAAUAUUCCGAUACAUAAACAGUUAAGCCUUCUUGAGGUGCAAGUUGGGGGAUUGGAAAAUGUUGGGUUGGUUAAAAGAGAUGUUUAUAAUUAUCUAAGGGACGUGCGUGAAGAGGUGAUUGGCCAUGAUGCAGAGCAGCUUAAUGAGCAUUUUAUGGCUGAGCAAGAAAAGAAUGAAUCCUUUUAUUUCAAGAUGGAGGUAGAUUCGGAAGGAAGGAUGGGUAAUGUUUUAUGGUCAGAUGCAAGGUCAAGACGAGCUUAUGGGUUUUAUGGAGAUGUGGUGGUAUUUGAUACGACGUUCAACACGAACCGCUAUGGGAUGGUCUUUAAGCCUUUGCUAGGCGUUAAUAACCAUCGGCAGACAGUGUUGUUUGCUUGUGCAUUCCUAACUAGUGGAACCACAGAUUCAUUUGUAUGGUUGUUAGAGGAAUUCAAGAAAUCCAUGCCGGGUGAGCCACCCAAAAUGAUCAUCACUGAUCAAGAUACAGCCAUGUCAAAGGCAAUUGUUGUAACUCUCACAACAACAUUUCAUAGAUAUUGCAUAUGGCAUAUCUUGAAUAAAAUUACAGAGAAACCCGGCAUUGGAGAAUGUUUUUCGGAAAUGUGCAAAUGCAUAUGGGGUAUGGACAAGAAAGAAGAAUUUGAUGCGAAAUGGGAGGAAAUCAUCACAAACAAUAGGCUGAAAAACCAUGCUUGGCUGAGCUCAAUUCAUGCUAUGCGGGAGAAUUGGGUUCCAUCAUAUGUAAAACAUGUGUUUUCGGCUGGGAUGUCAAAGCAAGAUGAGACGCACUGCAGAUACAAAGUUUUGAGUUGCUGGAAAAAUCUUUUGAGGACAUUCGUGGGAAGCUUACAAGGUUGGUGUCAUCAAGAGCUCAUGUCGAAGAACCCAAUGGAGAUGUCGGAACUAGUUAUCCCCAACUCAGAAUCAAAGAUCCAUAUUGAGAAGACUGAUCAUGAUAGAUGGAGUUGUCCAAAACUUGCGAGCCCCUCUUCAUCUUCUGACACAGAACUUGGUGGUCCAAUUGGUGAGAAUUUGCAGCCCACUCAGAGCACACAGGACAAUGAACCUACUAUGAUAGAGUCAUUUAUGCAAGAGUUUGAUUUCAUUUAUGGUCCCGAAGUGGAUGUCCCGGAUGUCCUCUGGGGGCUUUGGGAUUUUCAGAACCUGAAGCCCUUAUUUGAAGGAGAAUGA